AUGACUCGAGAUAUUCGCGCCAGAGCGCUCCAGCGUAUUGCUGCACUGUCGGCAACAAGCUCCACUGCACCAUUCGACAAGUCAGACCUUGACAGGCUGUGUCGGGCAUGCCAUUCUACGCGAGGACAAGAACAUAUUCAUGGAGCACAUAUCACAAAGCAGGCUGGCGCAUUGGGCCGUAUCCCCAUGUCCAUCCGCGAAUUCGAGGUUCUCCUGACUCUUUGCCGAACCGCCCCCGGUAUUCAGUCCGAUACAAGCGCGCAAAAGCUUUUGCAUCGCUUGAUCCCUUAUAUAAUCGAAGCGCACACACAAGUGUUCGCCCCUUCUUCAUUCUUUCGAAGGGUUGAGCCAUCCCCGACUGAAUCCCUAGCGUUUCACCUUACCGCGGCACUAUUGUCGCUGGGCACCAAUUACCUUGACCUCAAAGAGACCGUGACAGAUGGUAUAUGGGCCUUCAUCAACGCGUGCGGACAGGCUAUCGAAAGCAUAAUCUCGCCGCAAUCGGGAGAUAUUGAUGACGUACCGGUCCAGGAUGCCCUCCGAGCCGCCAAGAUUGUUCUGGCCAUGCUUGGUUUCUUGGAUGCCUUGUCCGCUCAAGUGUAUUUCUGGAAGGCAGGAGGGAGGUUGGGAUUAAUCCAGAAAAUAAGACAACUCCUCUCUGAGCAGUUUCUCGUCGCAGUGGAGACAUCCCUGUCAACGAUUCGGAAUACUCUUACUCAGACCAAUGAAGUACGCGAGUGGAAGCGAUUGCUCCGUCAUUAUUCAGCCCACGGGAGACCUCUGGGCGCCAUGCUACUCCAGCGUAGCUUCAUGUGGCUUGCACUUUCUAGUACGUCUUUGAUGGUGGCUGACAGGCUCGCUCUUCGCAAUAACCAUGUCUUGGACCUCCUCAUGUCAGGAGAAGAUACUAUUCUCAACGGCCAACGUCAACUUUUGGAUGGUGAUCUCAGAUCGAUCGAUGUGUAUGUUGGCAUUGCUACUGAGCAGAUGGAUUACCUCGAGGCUGGAGCAGAUUUUGUCCGCUUGGGAUCACCCGAUCUACAGAGGUUAGCCUACGACGUGAGAUCUGUCGCCAUGAUUGCCCACCUGAACUGCUCUUUGCUCAAUGACGACACCGCCGACUCUGAUGUGUUGAUGGGCUGGCUGCAAGAGUCUCUUGAGAAUCCUCUGCAAAUGUCUGAUCCUAACCUUGCUGCCGUUGUUCUACGAUGCAUGGCUCUGAUUUGCCGGGUUUCACCAUCAUAUUCCUCCACCGUUAGCCGGGCUCUUAGUCGCUUCUUGGUCAAGACUGUCCCCUGCGAGGACACUGCGAAGGUGGCUGCUAAGAGUUUAGCCUUUGUGUUGAAAACGUUAUCAAAGGACGCAGUGAUUAGCACCCUUUACUCUCUUGGGAAUGUUCUGAGCCCCGAUUCGGAGGCGGAGAUGGCCAACGAAGCGCUUAAUGGUACCCUUGGCCGUGGUGAUGCUCUGACCACAGAAUACGACCGCCGCCACUCCACUGCAAGCUCGAUAUCCUUUCUCGUUAACGGUGAGCACGGAACCGCUCUCGUUUCUGGCAAUGUUGUGGAAGCUAUUUGCACCAUUGCCAUUGAAUGCCAAGACGAAAAGAUCACUGCAUUAGCUCAAUCCAUGCUUUUGCAGAAACUGGACAAGGUCAACGCGAGCGUUGACGCAGAAGUUAUUGCUGGCGCAGCCAAAUUGUCCCUUCACGGAGAACAGCUCGAGUUUCGUUCACUUCUUAGAAUGUACAGCAGACUAUGUCACAUUGGCGUGGUCGACCACAAGGAGUUCCUCCUAGCCGCGGUGAUGAAAGCGCGCACCCUCAUCUCUGCCAACUUGAAACGAGACUCUCCCCUUUUCAACGUGUACUGGGAACAUUUACUGGACGCUAUCAUUUCUCUGGGUGAUGCCGAAUCUCCUCACCAAACUAAAGAGUCCGAUGUGCGAUUAGCUGCUCUAGAAAUUGCGGAAUUGUUGCAUCCUCUUGCCGUCUUCAUGUCAAGCAAUGACCUCGCGUCGGAACCGAUCGAGGACGACGAGGCAUACUCGCUCUUAAAAGAUGCAUGGUUCAAUAUUGUAGUCCACGGAUUUACCACAUCCACAGACCGCGGCAAGAAGUAUCUCAACGAACUUCGAACUAUUGCUGUUCAUUCGCCACCGUUAGUUGCCGGAGAGAGAACCGAAGUCGUUGAAAGCGAUAUCGAGUUAAAUACGGUGCUUAGAAGAGCGAACAGCGCAGAGAGAGAAGCAACACAAAAGAAACUUUUAAUCGAACUCAUCCCAUCCAAAGCCGCUGACAUCAAGAGCUUGAGCUAUCGAAAGGUCAUAUUUCUACAAGCCGCAUACCUUGUGGAGAGCCUACGUGCCGACGCAGGAGACUGCACCAAAGUCCUCUCGUACUUCCUGGAGCCGAGUAUGCGAAGAGGAGAAGUCAGCAGUACAAUGGAAGGCAUCGCCUCAGCCGUCCUCGACAAGUAUCUCAAAAAGACGCUCAGUGGGUCUGCGCCAACUUUCUCGGCUCAGUAUGCUUCGGAUCAGCUUGCUAUCAUUUUUUGCGUUUGUUGCCAUCGCAUCGAGCGUGUGCAGCAGGCAGCGUUUACUUGUGCUGACCGUCUCAUCCGGGAUGUGCCAUCUGCCCUAUGUCAGAGAAAAUCACUCUUCGCUCUACUUGAGUUGUUGUCGCUCAUGUGGUCAAGUUGUCUGGAGGCUGAAACGGACCUGUAUGCGCCGAGAUCUGUAUUUAGGUCCGAGAUCGGAAAGGUGACGCUCGAGCUUUCUGACGACUACGAGUUCCGCCGACGGACGCUAGAUACCCUCAAUCGAAAGGCAAGGUCAUGGGUCAGUGCAGCUGUCGGCUUAGCCCCGAUGGACAUCAAAGGCCUGCUCCAGACGUAUUUAUCGGACUUUCAUGACGAAGGAGCCUACGGCCGCAUCUCUUUAGGCAGGUCAUUUGCCCUAGAGCUGGGUUCCAUCAUACCGUCUACCGAUAACCGUCUCCAGUCGCUCGAGAGGGUAGGUGACUGCAAUAUCAACACCGCGUCAGAUUUCAUUGCGCAAUAUACUACAAGACAGGAAUACCGAUACGGCGAAACCUUGCCUGACCGUGGAACUGAGCUCAUUAGCUUCAUGAUGGAGAUUCGACGCCAGUCUUUCCCCCAGUCAACUGUGACUGACAGUGCCAACGCUGCCACUGCGUUAGCCCACGUUGAGGCUAGGAUCCUGAGUAACAAAGCGACAUCUCUACCUGAAGUGCGAGAAAUUCUACGGAGAGCUGCAGCCUUGCUUUGCCGCAGCCCCAGAGAUGAGUCCGCUGUUGCUCGAUAUCUUGUCAGCAUUCCAUUCGCACUCUUUACCAAGCAAUCCAUCAAGCUUGGCGCCUCUUUGUGGCUUGGGGUCAUGAAUGAAAACCCCCGACUGGAACCAAAGCUCGUAAACAGUAUCGCGCAACAGUGGGAACUCACAAUUACACGGAAAGUCGGACUCUUCAGUCCACUGCUGACACACCCGGAUCCGUUCUUUCUAAGAAUGGAUUUCAGCCCGAGUGACCUUGAGCUCCUGGCGAAGAAAAGGCAGGCUAUCCAUGAUUUACUUUCUCCCCACACGCAACUUGUUCACUUCUUCAUGAGUCACUUCAACGCAACUCGUUUGGGUAGUACCGAUACGCAGAGAGUGUUCUGUCGUAUGCUUGAUCUCACACUGACCGCCCUCCGAGAGGCACACUCGCAUCCCAUGUCUCGAGAACUGCGAUUCCAAAUCGUCCUGCUGGGACUCAAAUUUCUUCGCUCCAGUACCCUAAUGGGAGCCACCACGCAGCGGAGGUUCAAGGAGAAGAUCUUGUCAGCAGGUCUCGGAUGGUUCAGAAACGCCCCCAAAUGGUCUUUUGGUAGCAAUAUUCUUCAGCUCAAGACAGAACUGAGACUAAUUGCAGAUGUCUUGACUGCUAUGAAAGUUGUUUCCUAUGUUGGCGCUCAGACUGGCCCCAAUGUCGACUCCCUGCAGGCAAAGGAGCAGCUACUUCAAAUGCUGCUGGAAAACGAGCAAUCCAGGUUGGCAGUGUGGGUUAGCCCUCUCAGCCAACAUGGGCUGCUGCACCUGUCAGCGCCGAGCGUGUCCAAAUCGCUGGCCGAAAGCGCACUGCUUCCUCUUGUCAAGACAGCCUGGCAGCAAGACCCGUCCAUCGCCAUCGAGCUUGCCACGAGGUUCCAGUUUCCGCGACUGCACCGGGAAGUUAGGCAAUUGCUAUUGUCAUUCCCCGAACAAGCGGUGUCUGACCCGGAGGCACUGCCUCUGCUGUUUGGCGGACACCUCCCAGAUGAUGUAAACGUACAGCUCAAGUUCCUCCUUAUGUGGAGCCCAGUCAAUCCAUUGACAGCAGUCACUCUGUUCCUUCCGGCUUACAAGGAACAUCCGUUCAUCAUUCAAUAUGCCAUGAGGGCGCUGGAAAGCCAUUCUGUGGAUGUGACUUUCUUCUAUGUACCUCAAAUUGUUCAGACACUGAGAUAUGAUAACCUGGGUUAUGUUGAGAGAUAUAUUCUCGAAACGGCGCAAUUCUCCCAGUUAUUUGCGCACCAGAUCAUUUGGAACAUGAAAGCCAAUUCGUACAAGGACGACGACGCUCAGAUACCGGACGCGAUCAAACCUACUCUUGAUAGCGUCAUGGAAAAGAUGGUGGACAGCUUUUCCCCCGAGGACAAGGACUUUUUUGAGCGAGAGUUUGCCUUUUUUGACGAAGUAACCGGCAUUUCUGGAAAGCUCAAGCCUCUCAUCAAGCGUCCAAAGCCUGAGAAGAAACAGAAGAUUGAAGAGGAGCUUCGGAAGAUCAAAGUAGAGGUUGGGGUGUAUCUGCCCAGCAAUCCCGACGGCGUGGUCAUUGGCAUUGAUCGCAAAUCCGGCAAGCCUCUCCAGAGUCAUGCCAAAGCCCCUUACAUGGCCACGUUUCGUAUUCGCAAGAACAAGAGCGGCGCAGACGAGCUGAUCGAUGGUGCCGCCGUCGAAGAAACCGAAAAGAGAGUGCAGGACGCGUGCCAAGACAGUGCCAUUGAGGUUUGGCAGUCGGCCAUCUUCAAGGUCGGCGACGACUGCCGACAGGACGUGCUGGCCCUGCAGAUGAUUUCCGCCUUCAGAGGCAUCUUCCACAGCGUGGGCUUGGACGUGUACGUCUUCCCCUACCGAGUGACAGCCACAGCUCCCGGCUGCGGAGUCAUUGACGUGCUGCCCAACUCUGUCUCGCGCGACAUGCUUGGCCGAGAAGCCGUCAACGGCCUCUACGACUACUUUGUUUCCAAGUAUGGCAAUGAGGACUCUUUACGGUUCCAGCGCGCACGCAACAACUUUGUCAAAUCCAUGGCUGCCUAUUCCGUCAUUUCUUUCCUGCUCCAAUUCAAGGAUCGGCACAAUGGCAACAUCAUGAUUGACGACGCCGGGCAUAUUCUCCACAUUGACUUUGGCUUCUGCUUCGACAUUGCCCCCGGAGGCAUCAAGUUCGAGCGCGCCCCGUUCAAGCUGACCAGCGAGAUGGUGGCGGUGAUGGGGGGCUCAACCGAGCACCAGAGCUUCAAGUGGUUCGAGGAGCUCUGCGUCAAGUCGUUCCUGGCAAGCAGGCAGUACUGCGAGAAGCUGAGCCAGAUCGCGCUGCUCAUGAUGGACAGCGGCUUGCCUUGCUUCAAACCCGAGAGCGUGAAGCACUUCAAGGAGCGUUUUGUUCUGGGCAAGACGGAGAGGGAGGCAGCAGACUUUAUGAAGGGCUUGAUCAAGACCAGUUACUCGAGCUACAGCACCGGUGUCUACGACCAGUUCCAGCUGCUGACCAAUGGCAUCCCCUAUUAA